AUGACGGUUUCAGCAAUUCGAAUUCCCUUCACCGGCCCUUUGCCUCCACCGAUUAUUGUACCUCCGUCCGUGAGCUCGGUCUCCGGGGCAAUCAAUGCCUUUCUCAACUUCCUUACCGCCCCACCGUCCCCCUACUUGCGCGGCGUUGAUGUCGGUCGGCACUCCCAGACGGUUCUACUGACCGGUGCUGGAAUUUCGGUUGCAUCUGGACUGGCGGAUUACCGCGGUGAAAACGGGACCUACAUCAGGAAUAAGACCUACCGGCCGAUCUAUUUUCACGAAUUCGCAACAAGGCAUGAGUCGCGGAAGAGAUACUGGGCUCGAAGUUUUGUCGGUUGGCCCGGGCUUCUAAAGGCGAAGCCAAACUCGACGCACUGGGCUGUUCGGGAUCUCGGCGCAAAGGGAUACAUAAGCUCUGUGAUCACUCAAAACGUCGACUCAUUUCAUCCAAAGGCUCAUCCUGAGAUUCCAAGCAUCGAGUUACAUGGAUAUUUGCGGUCGGUUGUCUGUCUGAGCUGCCGGAAUCAGUUUUCACGAGCCGUGUAUCAAAAGACGCUCGAGAAACUCAACCCGGCUUGGGCGGAGUUCCUGGCCAAGAUGGUGGACAUUGGGGCUCUCGACACGGACAACCCGGAGGAACAGCAGCGUAGGGGUUUGAAGCUCAACCCAGACGGGGAUGUUGAGCUACCAGAGGCCCCGUAUAACACGUUCCGCUACCCUUCAUGCCCGACCUGUCUUGAGAAGCCGCCCCGACUGCUAGAUGGAACCCCCACUAAAGUCGACGUUGAAAAGGACGGCGCUUGGUUGCCCACGUCUACCGCGGGGAUCCUGAAGCCCGCAGUCAUCAUGUUUGGGGAAAACAUUGACUCACCGAUCAAGUCAGCUGCAGAAGAAGCGAUUGAUGAUGCCGGACGACUCCUCAUAAUGGGAACGUCGCUAGCCACAUAUUCCGCCUGGAGACUGGUGGAAAGAGCUUACAAGCGAGGGAUGCCCAUCGGUAUCAUCAACCUGGGGGGUGUCAGGAAUGAAUCCAUCCUUUUAAAGGAGACGGACAGAGGGGGUGAUACGGGAUAUCGAUAUAUCCGCUGCAGCCUUCACUCGGAUUCUAUCCUGCCGUACGUGGCGUCUCAACUACCGAGCAUAUCACAUUGA